UACUGUACAACUUCAAGAUCGUUUGUAGUGUGCUACAUGGCAGUGUGAAGAGGAAAGCGACCGAUCGUAAUAUUGAUAUAGUACACACUGAUAGUAAAAGGAAAAGUGGACAAGCGUAUAGUGGUUACAUCUCACAUGCUUCAUUGCAAUCGAAGUUUGACAUAGACCGUGUGGUGAUGUCGAAUCCCCUCUAAAUGUUUGAGCUGAACAACCUCAAGCUCCGACAUUUGAUCAGCCUUGUUAUCAUAAUCAAUAUUCGAGUGGUCAGGAUAUUGCAUGUAUCUUUUACUCUAAGAAAGAUAUUGAAGCCUUUAAGGUCUACGUAUUUUUGAAGGAAUUGAACGACAUUACGAUGAAAAUGGUAAAAAGGAACUCUUCAUUCCGGAUGGGAGGCACGAAAGACCUUGCCGAUCUCGAAUCGGUUAAUGCAGUCCUGUUAAAUUACAGUGAUGUGACCACUGCCCAUGGCAUCCCACGAAUCAUCACCUCGAAAUCAAUGACAUCGAGGUUCUUUUGGUCGUUCGCAACUCUUGUGGCACUGGCAGCUUUCUUGUGGCAAGGAAGUCUAUUGCUCCACGACUUUAGAGGACAUCCUUACACGACGCAGAUUGACGUGGUAACCCGGACAGAGCUACAGUUCCCUGCAGUCACUGUCUGCAAUAUGAACAAGAUGAGACGCUCUGCCCUGGUCAACACCCGCUUCGAGAGCUUGAUCCUAGCUGAUGGAGGGGCAACAGGUGGGGAUGCUGACUACUCCUGGUGGUUUGAAUGGUCAUCGGAAUGGUAUAGGAAAUAUGAGGAAGAGGAAAGUCAAGGACAAGAGGAAGGGGAGGUGAAAGCAGAAGGGGAAUUGGAGAAUGGGGAAGAAGAGAGGGAAUUGGGUUCUGCCAUUGUUACUGAAACAGUCACGCUAGAAGACAGUUUCAACAUUGCUGAAUUGACCAACACAACUUAUAUACCCAACGAGAGCCACGAAACUGUCAAACCUUCACAAGAUCAUCUAACGGAUGAGGAGACUACUCUAGAACCAUCCUUUGUGGAGACCGAAAUUCCUUCGUUUUUCGAGCCAGAAUCUUCAGGCACCGAACCUGAAGGACAACCGAUGAAGCGUCGUCGGAGAUCUUCUCUCCGUCUUAUACCUGACCCUGUCACAGGUGAACUGUCUCAAAGACCAACCGUCCGCCAAAAACGAGAAACUGAGGACACCAGUAUGGAAAACUUUAACGAGCGGUAUGACUGGUGGGAGGAUGAUUGGGAGGAUGAAGAUUUUGAUUACCAGGAAUACGAAUGGAAAGAUGUUGCAAAUGACAACGACUGGGAGGGUUUCUACAGACAAUCAACUGCAGAUGACUUCAGCGAUCUUCUGGAAGUCAUCAACCCAUCGAAGGAAGAACUGAAACUGUUGGGCCACCAGGCGGAAGACUUCAUACUUCAGUGUACCUUUGAUAGACGUCAAUGUAAUUACACGGAUUUUCGCCAAUUUCAAAACAAAUACUACGGUAACUGCUUUACUUUUAACCAAGUUGUUGGAAACAGCUCGGGAGCACGAUCAACUGGAAAGACUGGUGCACAGUACGGACUUCACCUAACCCUCUUUACUGAGCAGCCGGAAUACGUUGGGCUCUUCGCCCAAGAGGCCGGAGUUCGAGUCGCUGUUCAUCCGUCAAAUGUAUUCCCCUUCCCGGAGGAUGAUGGGGUUGUUGCGUCCACGGGACAAGUGACAGAUAUCGGCUUGAGACAGUCUUACUUCCAGCGGCUUCCAGAUCCCCAUGGAAACUGCACGGAUGGAACCAAGACUAACUUUACAUCCACGGAAUAUGCCUAUACAACUAGAGCAUGCAUCAAGUCUUGCAUUCAGCAGCAUCUAUUAGGCAGGUGUGACUGUGUUACAGAUAUAUUGAUGAAUGAUACACUUUGUAGCUCAAGAAACAGAUCUCAACAGGUAUGUCGACAGGCUAUAGAACAAUUCUUUCACGAGGGUGAGCUACCGUGUAACUGCCCUGUUGCUUGCAGGGAGACGCUCUUUGUGACGGCCGUGACGUCAUCACUCUGGCCUUCAGAACGUUAUGAGAGCCAUUUGAAAACUCGAUUGACCAAUGAAAAAGCUAAACGUAUUCUAGAGAACGUUGAACAAACAAGGAAAAAUCUAGCUCGAGUGAGGAUCUAUUUUGAAGAACUGAACUAUGAACAGAUGAUUCAGAAUCCGAAGUACACGAUCGAGAGCUUGCUCGGAGGUAUUGGGGGUCUUCUUGGACUCUACAUUGGGUUCUCUGUCAUCACUAUCUGCGAGGUCGGAGUCCUUGUCGUCGAUCUCGUAAAGUAUCUCUGUCGGAAGGCAUACAGUCACGAUAGAGUCAUUCCAGUGGAUUUUAAAUCCUGAUUCUAGAAUUCAUCCCAUUACCAAGAUUACUGAUUAAUUUACAACAAGACGAAAAUAAUCGUUAGGGAAAUCGUCAGGGAUAUAUUGGUCAUUGUAUCUGGAAUCAAUUGGAUCAUCUACGCACUCUCUACGAAAACUAUGUCAGCUUAUCAUCAAAAGAUAAAGGACUUGUCCAAAAGUCAAAAGAUAUCAUAUUUUGUGUCGCCGUUGACCCCGUUAAAGUUAAUGUUUUUCUUAUACAACCAAG